GCCGCCCGCCCCUACCCGCGUCCUCCCUCGCUCCCUGCGCAGCGGAAACAUGGCGGCGGGAAGAGAGUGAGCCGCCGGCGCCCCGCGCUGCCGCCGCCCGCAGAUGGAGAAAUUAACAUACAGAGAAACUGACUGGUCAGAGGUUGGAGCAAGCUGUUGGUGGAUCCAAGGAUAAAUCCCCAGAUUUUUAACUCCCUGACCAGAUUUUAGUCCAUUGACUAUGCAGCCUAGUGCAAUAGACUGGAAUGAUGUUAGAAAACACAAAUAUGGUCACCUAUCAGAGUCUGCAUCCCAACAUCAAGAAACUGCUGACAUCCUGGAGCUCGGUCAUUUUACCUGGGACAAAUACCUAAAAGAAACAUGUUCAGUCCCAGCGCCUGUCCAUUGCUUCAAGCAGUCCUACACACCUCCAAGCAACGAAUUCAAGAUCAGCAUGAAAUUGGAAGCACAGGAUCCCAGGAAUACCACCUCCACCUGUAUUGCCACAGUAGUUGGACUGACAGGUGCCCGCCUACGUCUGCGCCUUGAUGGCAGUGACAACAAGAAUGACUUCUGGCGGUUGGUUGACUCAGCUGAAAUCCAGCCUAUCGGAAACUGUGAGAAAAAUGGGGGCAUGCUGCAGCCCCCUUUGGGAUUUCGGCUGAAUGCCUCCUCUUGGCCUAUGUUCCUUUUGAAGACACUAAAUGGAGCAGAGAUGGCUCCCAUCAGGAUUUUCCACAAGGAGCCACCAUCGCCUUCCCACAAUUUCUUCAAAAUGGGAAUGAAGCUAGAAGCUGUGGACAGGAAGAACCCUCAUUUCAUUUGCCCAGCCACUAUUGGGGAGGUUCGGGGCUCAGAGGUGCUUGUCACUUUUGAUGGGUGGCGAGGGGCCUUUGACUACUGGUGCCGCUUCGACUCCCGGGACAUCUUUCCUGUGGGCUGGUGUUCUUUGACUGGAGACAACCUGCAGCCACCUGGCACCAAAGGUAAAGGCCCACCCACAGGCUCUUGAAACCAUACCCAGACAAUGAGGGAGAUCACCCAGGUCCAUCAUGGCCAGCCUAGGUUCAAUACCAAACUUCACUAAUAGACAGGGUAGGAACAAGGGCCAACAGCUUAGGUAUAAACCAAGACCUCCCAGAGAAAAAUCAUUAACAGUACAGAAUUAAGCAUCAAAUGAAGCCGCUAGACAAGGAAUGUGGGAUAAAGUAAAAAAAAAAAAAAAACUCGUGCUCUAAAUAUCCUGAUUUAUUCUCAAGCAGCCAGCUUCUUGCAUGCCUUACCUUAGGCUCCUAACCCAUUUCAAAGUUUGAAUAGUAUCCGUUCUCAAGGUAAAUAUCUUCCUUGAAGAGCUGUGUAA